UUAAGUUACACAUAUUUCCUCUUUGUGCUUGUUUUUGUCUGAUCCAGUUGAUGAGGGCUCAGAUAAGACUUUACCCACUGUUGCACUGUCUAAAUGGGAGAAGGUGGAAGAUUCAGAAUCCUCAGCCAAGAAUGACUCAGACACAGAGGUGAAUUCAAGUGGCCUGAAGGAAAACGAUGGUGACUCAGAUAUGAGCAGUGAUGAAGCUGACAGCCCCAGCAGGUAUGAGGGGGCGGAGUUUAAGAGUUCUCUGAGAAACUUUGAACUGUCUGAAAGCAAAAGGACACGCCUCCGAGAACUUGAGGUGAAGGUGAUGAAUUUCCAGGAUGAGUUGGAAUCGAGUAAGAGACAGAGGAAGUCCAGUAUGACUCUCCAACAGCAAGUUCAACACUACAGAAACAGACUGCUACAGAAGGAGUUUGACAAGGACGACCAGGAAAAGAAAGACAAAUAUUCACAAAAACAGAAAGACCGGUCCAAAAAAGACGAGCGGAGAGAUAAAGGGGAGGACAGGAGUAAAACAAGGGAUAAAGAAAAAAGUAGAAAGAGUGAGGACCGAGAAAGGAGUAGAGGAAGGAGUCGAGACAAAGAAGAGAGGAGAGAGAGAACAAGAUCCCGAUCACCACGCAAGUCAAAACGCUCUCGAUCACCAUCACCACAGCACAAAUCCUGGAGGUCAUCGUCCCGAUCACCACAUCGCUCGCACAAAAAGACCAAGAAGAGCAAACACUGAACUCUGACCCUUCGAACCCUGUGACCUCUGCAGUAAUCUCGUAACAGUCUGAUGGACUGCUUUCGUCAUGCUCAUCAAUAUGUUUUUAUUCCACAGUUCUGGCUGAUUUACAGCGGUUCAUUUGUUUCCAGAGCUGCAAUCACAACCCUGGGCUUGGCUGAGUUUUUCUAAGAUGAAGUGUGAACUUGUACAGAUCUUCUUUUUGUUUCGUAAACCAUUUUAUUUGUGUUUUCCUCUUGUUUUAAAUCCUGUGUUUAAAAAAUGCUGCAAGAUUGACCCCUCCACCUCCAGACUUUACAAUAAAAACAAUUGUGGAAGGAAAAAUGUGUCUUUAGAAUAUUAUAUAAGGAGUUAAAGGUUUUCACAAAAGCAGU